CAGAAAUCAUCGCCUCCCAGACAACUAUACAACUAGUAGUAGCAAAUGGCCCGAUAUUAUUUAUUCACUGUCUUUUUCCUCUGUUCUCCUUCAAGAACCUUAUUGCCCUGGUUCGUUUUAUGAAGUCGGAAGAGAGUCAUCGCAGAAAGAUGGAUUUUCAGAAAAUAAAGGUCACCAAUCCCAUUGUUGAAAUGGACGGAGAUGAGAUGACUCGAGUUUUUUGGAAAUCAAUCAAGGAUAAGCUUAUUUUCCCGUUUCUGGAGUUAGAUAUAAAGUACUUUGACCUUGGUCUCCCUUAUCGUGAUGUUACCAAUGAUAAAGUUACAGCUGAGAGUGCUGAAGCUACUCUUAAGUAUAAUGUAGCAAUUAAGUGUGCGACUAUAACUCCAGAUGAAGCUCGUGUUAAGGAGUUUAACUUGAAACAUAUGUGGAAGAGUCCAAAUGGGACCAUUAGAAACAUUUUAAAUGGCACGGUUUUUAGAGAACCAAUUAUUUGCCGAAACAUCCCCCGGCUUGUCCCAGGUUGGACCAAGCCAAUAUGCAUUGGGAGGCAUGCUUUUGGUGAUCAGUAUCGAGCUACCGAUGCAGUUAUUGAAGGAGCUGGAAAACUUAAAAUGGUGUUUGUACCAGAUGGACAAGGAGAGAAAACCGAGUUAGAGGUCUUUAAUUUCACUGGUGCUGGAGGAGUAGCUCUCUCAAUGUAUAACACUGACGAGUCCAUUUGUGCUUUUGCUGAGGCUUCAAUGAACACUGCUUACCAAAAACGGUGGCCACUUUAUCUUAGCACAAAAAAUACUAUUCUUAAGAAUUAUGAUGGAAGAUUCAAGGACAUUUUUCAAGAAGUUUAUGAGAGUCAAUGGAAAUCCAAGUUUGAGGCUGCAGGGAUAUGGUAUGAACAUCGUCUUAUUGAUGACAUGGUUGCUUAUGCUCUUAAGAGUGAAGGAGGUUAUGUGUGGGCAUGUAAGAAUUAUGAUGGAGAUGUUCAGAGUGAUUUUUUAGCACAAGGUUUUGGUUCUCUUGGUUUGAUGACAUCAGUGCUGGUGUGCCCAGAUGGAAAGACCAUUGAAGCUGAGGCAGCCCAUGGCACAGUCACCCGCCAUUAUAGGGUUCAUCAGAAAGGAGGUGAAACUAGCACAAAUAGCAUAGCAUCAAUUUUUGCUUGGUCAAGAGGACUUGCACACAGGGCAAGUUUAGAUGACAAUGCUAGACUGUUGGAUUUUACUCAAAAAUUGGAAGCAGCCUGUGUUGCAAGUGUUGAAUCGGGAAAAAUGACAAAGGAUCUUGCACUUCUAAUCCAUGGACCCCAGGUUACUAGUGCACAUUAUUUGAACACUGAAGAGUUCAUUGAUGCUGUGGCUGCGGAUUUGAGAGCGAGAUUGUCCUACAAAGCGAAGUUGUAAACUACCACUUGCUGACUUUGUUUAUGCAUGGCCAAAAUGUUUAGGCUGCCUUUUCAUUCAGUGCACAGCAAUAAUGCUAUCUGAUUUUAUGUUUAAUUGUCAAUAAAAUCUUUGGCAUCUUUUUAGCUAUGAAAUAGAGUGAAAGGGUAAAUGCUUUCUUUGCACUGUCUUGACUAAAUUUUUGUUAACCGUGAUUAUUGGAUAUUUUCACUGUUGCCAUUU